AUGAUCGUCAAACUCGACGACCUGUCUACCCCGGCCAUCCGCUCUCUACUAGCCCACCACUUCACCGAACUCCAAGCCAAAACGCCCUCUGAAUCCUGCUACGUCCUCGACCUGACCGCCCUCCAAGGGCCCUCCAUCUCCGUCUUCUCCGCCUGGGAGGGCACAGAGUUACUAGGAUGCGGAGCCCUUCAAGAACUCACGCCUAGCGCGGGAGAGAUCAAAUCUAUGAGGACGGCACCAGCGUACCUGAGGAUGGGAGUUGGGCGCGUUAUCGUGCAGCAUAUUAUCGGGGAGGCGAGGAGGCGAGGGUACUCCGAGCUGAGUCUGGAGACAGGGACUGAUGCUUCUUUUGCUAGUGCGAGGGCGUUGUAUGCGGGCCUGGGGUUUGAAUUUUGUGGGCCCUUUGGGAAGUAUGUUCCUGCCGGGGAUAACUGCUUUAUGACUAUGGCGCUAUCUUGA